AUGCACGAGCUCGCGCUCGAGGGGCUGACCGCGUCCUCGCUCGGCGGGCAGACCCUGAACCCGUACGACCUGGCCCGCACGCCCGGCGGCAGCAGCGGCGGCAGCGCCGCGGCGCUGGCCGCGAGCUUCGCCGUGCUCGCCACGGGCGGCGACACCGUCAACAGCAUGCGCAGCCCCGCGAGCGCCAACGCCGUCUUCAGCUUCCGGCCCACGAGGGGCCUCGUCUCCAGGGCGGGCACCGUGCCCGUCAGCCGCACGCAGGACGCGCUGGGCGCCAUGGCGCGGACGGUGUCGGAUCUCGCGGUCGCGCUCAACGCCAUGGCGAGUGUCGGGUUCGAUGCGGAAGACGACAUGACGGCGCUUGCGCCCGAGGAGGUCCGUGGGACCGACUACACCUCCGGGCUCAGAGGUGGGGAUGCGAGCAGUCUCAGACUGGGUCUUCUCACCGGUUUUCUCAACUACACCGCCUCGGAGGAGACGACGCCCGUAAACGACGUCAUCGCCGACAUGGUGCGGCUGCUCAGAUCCGCAGGCGCCACGGUCGUCCACAUCACCGACGAGAUCUACGACCCGACCGCCAUCGCAAAGCUCGACAUCCAGACGUACGAAUACCGCGAGCAGCUUGACAAGUACCUCUCCAACGCCAACAACAACAACAACAACAACAACAACAACCUCGCCGCCAGCGGGCGGCGAGCACCCUCCUCCUUCGAAGAACUCUACUACCCCUUCCCAGACACAAACACAGACACAGACACGGACACGGACACGUCCUCGCGGCAGUUCCUCGUGAUCCCCUCCCAAUACGCCCACAUCUCCAACGCCGCCGCCCGCUCCACCUCGGACGAGGCCUACUCGGAGCUCAGGCAGGAGAUCCGGCACCUGACCGACGCCCUGCACGCCACGCUCGACACCCACGGCCUGGACGCGCUCAUCUACCCGCAGCAGCGCAACCUCGUCGUCAGGGUCGGCUCGCCCUCGCAGAGCGGCCGGAACGGCCUCAUGGCCGCGCUGACGGGCAGCCCCUCGGUACUCGUCCCGGCGGGGUUCUCUCCGCCCACAGAGGAUGCCCCUGCCGGUGUGCCCGUGGGCAUGGAGCUGCUCGGCCCGCCCUGGUCCGAGGCUCGACUGCUGCAGAUUGCGCACCUCAUCGAACAGAUGUCCCCCGCAAGACGGGUUCCGCCGUUUACGAAUCGCACUGUCGAGUCCAGGUCGUACCAGAGUGUGCCCAGUAUCCAAACGCGGAGGGACAAUAUACCAGAUGCAUACCCCCUAGGGCAGUUGGGAACUACAUGA